AUGCCUCCAAGAAAGAGCAAUGUCUCGACUGCACCCGCAGAAGACUCUCCCAAACCUUCCGCAAAAGCAGCAAAAGACGAAGACGAUGGUCUCAGCGUAGAAGACCUCAACCUCCCCAAAUCAAUAGUGCAGCGCCUGGCAAAGGGCGUGCUCCCACCGAACACACAGAUACAGAAAGAUGCGCUGCUGGCCAUGUCAAAGGGCGCAACCGUCUUCGUCAACUACCUCACAUCGAUCGCUGCCGAGCAUGCCGCACGCAGCGGCAAGAAGACCGUCAUGCCCAAAGACGUGUUCGACGCCCUGCAAGAGCUAGAAUUCGACUUCAUGCUCCAACGAGUCGAGGCCGAAGUCCACAAGUUCACCUCGAUACAGGCCGACAAGCGCAAUACGUACCGUAAGAAGGUGCGCGAGGAGAAGAAGGCCGCGAAGGAUAAGCCUACGAACGGGGCAGAGGAGGAUGAUUCUCCGCCGGCGAAGCGAGCCAGAAGGUCGGACGGCGCCGAGGUGGCGGGGUCAGAUGAUGAGGAUGUGGAUGAGACGGCGGAUAUGGAACAAGAAGAUGAGGAGGUGGAAGACGAUGAAGUAGAAGAGGAUGCGCCUGAGGAGGACCCCACCGAGGACCUGCUAGAAGAGAAGGAGAAAGAUGAGUCGGAUGAUGAGAUGGCGGAUGGGAACGAGAGCGACUAA